AGAUUAUAAGCGCGGUAACUCUUCUCUUCUUUAUUUAUUUGUUUCUUGAUAUUCGUUCAUCUUUCCAAAUCCCCCAUCGGCUUCCUUUUCUCCAUCAUUCCCGUGGCCUCGGUGCGCUCCUUAGGGUUAGAGUCCGAUUUGCCAGAUCAAUUCUGCUCCUGAGGGUGACCUGUAGAAUUUGCAGUGCCGUGCGGACCGCGCGGGCCGCAGCUGGCCCAAGGCCUUCCCCAACACCCGAUUUGACGGUAUUCUAGGACUUGUGCAGACUGGUUGAUCGGUGGUCUCUGGACGUCGUAUAUCUUUAUCGUCUAAGCAAUUCGCCAUCUAGACAGGUGGAAUCUCUAGUGCAAGUGCACCUGUGAAUUCAAGUGUGAGCAAGCCAGACUGCAUUCUUCUAUCAGCGAUAUCAACACUGUUGCAGUGAGCCAAGACAUUGGGUAUAGAGUGAGAUUGAGAAGUCUUCUUUGCAUCUGUGUGCAUUUUGGAAAUGUAUCUCUUCCUACCACGGGCUGCGCGUUGCUUUUCACGCCGUUUGGCAAGCCAUCAAUGCGCCGUCGAACGAUCACAUCGACUCUCCUUCCGCAGAUCAUACGUGUCACAGACAUCACGGCGAAGAGCUCAAACAGUUGAAUCUCCUCCCAGCAAUAUCCCCCUGAUUGACCACCACUACGAUGCCAUCGUGGUGGGCGCCGGUGGAGCCGGCCUUCGAGCAGCUGUCGGGCUCACUGAGUCCGGUCUCAACACUGCAUGUGUAAGCAAAUUAUUUCCCACAAGAUCACACACAGUAGCAGCCCAAGGAGGAAUCAAUGCCGCUCUAGGCAACAUGACAGAAGAUGAUUGGAGAUGGCACCACUACGACACUGUCAAAGGCUCAGACUGGCUCGGCGAUCAGGACGCAAUCCACUACAUGACUCGCGAAGCGCCCAAGGCAGUGUACGAGCUUGAGAAUUACGGUAUGGCAUUUUCGAGGACCCACGAUGGAAAGAUCUACCAGAGAGCUCUAGGUGGGCAAAGUCUGAAUUAUGGGAAGGGAGGUCAGGCCUAUAGGACUGCGUGUGCUGCGGAUCGGACAGGGCAUGCUAUGCUUCACACGCUUUAUGGGCAAGCUCUCAAGCACGACACAAAUUUUUUUAUUGAAUUCUUUGCGCUCGAUCUACUUAUGGUUGAUGGGGUUUGUGUCGGUGUUCUAUGCCUUUCAAUGGAAGACGGGACAUUACAUCGCAUGUUUGCAAAGAACACUGUCCUGGCCACAGGAGGGUUCGGCCGAGCUUAUUUCUCAUGCACAUCAGCACACUCUUCCACCGGAGACGGGAAUGCAAUGGUUGCACGUGCCGGGUUGCCUAAUCAAGAUAUGGAAUUUGUACAAUUCCAUCCCUCAGGGAUUUAUGGUGCAGGCGUGCUCAUUACCGAAGGAGCAAGAGGCGAGGGUGGCUAUUUACUAAAUGGCGAAGGGGAAAGGUUUAUGGAGAGAUAUGCUCCAACGGCGAAGGACCUUGCAAGUCGAGACGUAGUAUCUAGGUCCAUGAAUAUGGAGAUUCGAGAAGGAAGAGGAGCAGGACCAGACAAGGACCAUAUUAUGCUACAGCUUUCUCACCUCCCUCCCGACUUGCUCAUGGAGAGAUUACCAGGUAUUGCGGAGACAGCGUCGAUAUUCUCGGGCGUCGAUAUUACAAAAGAACCUAUUCCUGUCAUCCCCACUGUCCACUACUGCAUGGGAGGCAUCCCAACAAAUUACAACGGCCAAGUUCUCACUGUUUCACAAGAAACUGGAGAAGAAGUCACAGUGCCCGGACUUUAUGCCGCUGGCGAGUCCGCUUGCGUAAGUGUCCACGGGGCGAAUAGGUUAGGCGCAAAUUCCUUGUUAGAUAUCGUGGUCUUCGGGAGAGCCUGCGCUCUCCACAUCGCCGAGAACAACGAGAGGGGUAUGCCCCAUGUUAAAGCACCCUCAGACAUCGGCAGCGCCUCUAUCGCAGACCUGGACCGGCUUCGAAACGCCGAUGGGGACAUGAAGACCGCUGAGCUGCGAUCUUCUAUGCAGAAAGCCAUGCAGGCCGACGUUGCCGUCUUCCGAACCGGGCAGUCUCUCAACGCUGGCCUCUCAGCCGUUAAGAACGUGGAGAAGGAUUUCAUGAAUAGGUUAAGUGUGUCGGAUAGGAGCUUCGUGUGGAACAGCGACCUGAUCGAGACACUAGAGAUGCGGAACUUGAUGACUUGUGCAGUACAGACGGCGAAGAGCGCGCUUGCUAGGGAGGAGAGUAGGGGGAGCCAUGCUCGGGAAGACUUUCCAAAACGGGAUGAUGAGAACUGGAUGAAGCACACUCUGACUUGGCAGCAAGCGGAAGGCGAUGAAGUCAAAGUUGGGUAUCGGAAGGUGGUGGCCACAACGCUUGAUGAAAAUGAGUGCAAAUCGGUUCCACCUGUAGCAAGAACCUACUGAUUUGUUUUAAGAUGGCAGGAGAUACUAGGAUGCAAUAGCUCGCUUCGCUCGCGCAAAUACAAUGCUUAGUCACAGGGGCAGAAGCCAAGUCUUUUGAGGUUAUACUGAUUUUACUACUGUAACAGAAACUGUAGGCUGUUUGAUUAUGUACGCUAGUUUCGACCUGUUAUAUAGCCUUAAAAACGCUCUGAAUACAACCCGUUAUAUAGGUAGCC